AUGAGGAGGGCAGCUAGGAAGCCUACUAACUUGGCUAAAGUGGCUGAGGUGGUCCAGAAAUCAGAUGAGUCACCAGGGGUUUAUUUGGAGCGUCUGAAGGAAGCCUACCGGCAGUUUACCCCUCUGGACCCAGACGAUCCUGCCAAUGCUCCGGUUGUUAAGGCAGCCUUUGUGGCCCAAGCCACUCCCGAUAUUCGCAGAAAAAUUCCAAAACGCGACGGGUUUCGCGGACAUGGGCUGGAGUGGAUGUUAGAGGUGGCACAAACCACGUAUAACCAGAGAGAUGAGGUAGCCCAGAAGAAGAAAGAAAAUUACCAGGCUAAGAAACUCAUGGCUCUGCGCGCCAGCAACAGCGGCACGGGGGAACCUGCCCGGGGGGAGGGCGCGGCCGCCUGGGACGCAACCAGUGCGCCAUCUGCCGCCAAGAGGGCCACUGGAAGAACGAAUGCCCUCAGGGAAGAACUGGAGGCAGGGGAGGCCGGAUUCCUGGCACCAUCCCCAUGGGAGAUGGCACUGACUUAA